GAAGCAGCAACAGACUUCAGAGUGCUGACAGCUACUGUGGAUCUAUCUGAACCAAACAUAGAUUUUUCUUUCUCUUUAAAAAAGGAUAAGAAGAGAAGAGAGAACAGAAAUGGAGCCAACUGAAGGUACUUAUGACGAGUACUACGACUACGAGGAGACAGAAAACUCUUCCAUGUGUGACUAUUCUGAGUGGACACCGUCAUACUCCGUCAUCCCGGUGCUGUACAUGCUUAUUUUCAUCCUCGGCCUCUCUGGAAAUGGGGUGGUCAUCUUCACCGUGUGGCGUGCCCAGGGUAAGAGGAGAGCUGCUGACGUCUACAUCGGCAACCUGGCCCUGGCUGACCUCACCUUUGUAGUCACUCUGCCACUGUGGGCCGUUUACACUGCCAGGGGCUACCACUGGCCCUUCGGCGUGGCCCUGUGCAAGAUCAGCAGCUACGUGGUCCUGCUCAACAUGUAUGCCAGUGUCUUCUGCCUCACCUGUAUGAGCUUCGACCGCUACCUGGCCAUCGUCCACUCCUUGUCCAGCACCCAGCUGCGCACCCGAGGCCACACUCAAGCCUCGUUGACAGCUAUCUGGCUGCUGUCUGGUCUCCUGGCUGCCCCGACUCUGAUCUUCCGCACCACCAAAUACGACCCAACCAGCAACCUCACGUCCUGCGCCAUGGACUUCAGCCUGGUGGCAACCAAGAAAGAGCAAGAGAAUCUGUGGAUUGCUGGACUCAGCAUCUCCUCCUCAGCUUUGGGCUUUCUCCUACCUUUCUUGGCAAUGAUGGUGUGCUACGGCUUCAUUGGCUGCACCAUCACUCGCCACUUCAACACUCUGCGCAAAGAGGACCAGCGUAAGAGGAGGCUGCUGAAGAUCAUCACCACGCUGGUGGUGGUGUUUGCCGCCUGCUGGAUGCCCUUCCACGUCGUAAAGAGUGCUGACGCCCUCUCCUACCUGGACUUGUUUCCUGACACCUGUGCCUUCCUACGCUUCCUGCUGCUGGCUCACCCGUAUGCCACCUGCCUGGCCUACAUCAACAGCUGCCUCAACCCCUUUCUUUACGCCUUCUUCGACCUGCGCUUCAGAUCCCAGUGUCUGUGCCUACUCAACCUGAAGAAGUCCUUGCAUGCGAUCCCCCCAAGCUCCCUGUCCUCUCAGAAGACAGAGGCUCAGUCUCUGGCUACGAAGGUGUGACGACAGCUGAGGGCCCAGAUGCAUGCUGGGGAAGAGGUGAACAAUGCCAAACAAUGCAGGUGAAUCAAAACUUUACAGCGCUGGGUGCUUGCCCGCAGAGCGUCUGUGGUCAGUUUCAGGGUGUCACCUUUGCUCCUCUCUGACUGCUAAAGACGACUGUCAGGAUCGUGGUUUUGGGGUCUGACCACAAUCAAGCUCCAGCCUCACUUACAGUGGCAGGACAGCAAAACUGAACUACUUAAUACAGGGGACCAAGCCUGAACCAUGAACUAUUUCUUUUUUUUUUUUAAAGUGGAAUGUAUUUUAAAAAGACAUGCUCAUGUGUUUCUCUUGGUUCUUCUGUGGACUUUAUGCAAAAUACUGAGCUUUGAACUCUGUCCUCAAGUCCAGAUGAAGUGUAUUCCUCAUGUAUUUGACCCCCGCUGUUCGUGUUUUCAUUUGUAAGCACUUGACUUGAGGUGUGAUUUCUGUCAGACAACCCCGCUCUCCAGCUCAGUCUGUAGUAUCUGCAUCACAGCCAGCAGUGUGACGUGUGUGUGUGUGUGUGUGUGUGUGUGUGUGUGUGUGUAGGAAGGGUGUGCCAGCCAGUAAGAGGUGUUGGAGUCUGAUAAGAGUGUUGUAAGCAGAGACAGAGAUAGUGGGAGGGGGGGUAGGGAGUCCCAGGCAGACAGACAGAUGGCAGCUGACAAAUGUUUUCAGGCUGGUGGAGGGUCCAAUUAAAAGGUGACUGCUUUGACAGUCUGCUGGUGUGUAUGUGUCUGUGUGUGUGUGAAGGAAUGAGUUUGUUGAGUGUCAGAAUGACAAUGAAUUUGUUCCUGACAAAUAUAUGAAAGCAUUUUGUGAAUACACAUUAUUUUAAAUCGAUGUUUAUGAUUUGUAAUAAAAAAAGGUGCUUUGAAAAAACACAAA